CCUUUCUUCUGCUGUUUUCUUUCUUUGUUCGCGCCUCUUGUUUUUGUGUUUCAGUGUCGGUGCUUGUGGGAGUGAGCGUCGCGGAUUCCUGACUGUCGGAGUGUCUGUCUCUCUUCAGCUGUAUCGGGAUUUGUUUUCCUCGCCCAUCUCCACGACCGGAACACGAGCGUCCGUAGAGUCGUGCGGAGUGGAAGAACAACGUCAAGAUCUGUUUUUGAUGCUGCGAGAAAACGCACAGGGAUUUUCCCGCUCCUCCAUCUCUCCACUAACAUCUGAACACUCCCUCUACUUGUCCGAAGGAAAUCUCGUCACCUUCGCACGUGUGUGCCACGUGUCUUCCUGCAUGCACUGGGUGACUCAUCCGAAUUCUUUCUUCUGUUCUUCUUCCCCCAACUUUCCUUCCCAUCCCCCUCCUUCGAAAUUCGCUUCUUCGCAUAUUCUCUCGCGUAGUGUUUUUCCGCCUUCCCUCCCCUCACCCUGAGUUCUUUCUCUUCACCCCUCCCGUUCUUCUCUACUCGUUUCUCCCGACUGCUUCAGCAGCUGUCCGAACACACACGCGAUUAACACAGAGCAAGAACCAGCGUCUUUCUUUAACGCGGCGCCUAACUGCAGCUGCUGCCUCGGAGCUACUUCCUCUGCCAUCGGUCUCCGGUUUAUCCACCGAAAUGUUCGCAAACCGAUACGGCCUCUCGGGCCUCCUGAAGGAAGGCCAUCGGAGCUUCACCGGGAUCGAUGAGGUAACGGCCAAGAACAUCGACGCCUGCAAGGCGCUCACCGAUCUCACUCGUACAUCUCUCGGGCCAAACAGUUUGUCAAAGUUGGUCGUAACUUCGCUCGGGAAGCGAAUCGUGACUGCUCACACCUCUCUGAUCGUGAAGGAACUCGAAGUCCAGCACCCCGCGGCCAAGAUGCUCGCCAUGGCGGCAGAGAUGCAGCAGCAGGAGUUUGGCGGCGCCGUCAAUCUCCUACUCGUCUUCGCUGGCCAGCUUUUGGCACAAGCGGAGUAUCUCCUCAAGCAAGGUCUACACCCAAACGACGUCGCGCGAGGCUACGAGAUGGCCGUCGCCAAGUUGCCUGCUUUCUUGGAAGAGAGCGUGUGCUACACGCUCAAGAGUCUGAACGAUGAACAGGCUCUCGCUGAAGUGCUCGAGUCGACAGUGGCGACCAAGCCCCUGUGCACGGAGGGCCGGCUGCACAAGCUCGUCGCCCAGGCAGCCGCGAUGGUCAUGCCUCCCAACAACCCAAAAGACUUUGAUGUAGAAAACAUUCGAGUUGCUAAGCUGACUGGAGGAAGACUGUCGCAGUCGGUUGUUCUCAAGGGAAUGGUCGUCACAAGACCUCCCAGCGGAAGUGUGGAGAGCAAGCAAAACUGCAAAGUCAUGGUGCUCGGCUGCGGCCUCGAGUGCUCGACGACUGAGGCGAAGGGAACGGUCCUCGUGCACAAUGCCGAAGAACUCAAAAAUUUUACGAAGGGAGAGGAGAGACAAAUGGAGGAAAUCAUCAAAGGAAUCAAAGACGCAGGCGUCGAAGUCAUAAUUGUUCACGGAGGAGCAAUCAGUGACGUUGCACAGCACUUCUGCAACAAAUAUGAUAUCCUCACACUGAAGAUCCAGUCCAAGUUUGAGACCCGCCGCCUCUGCAGGGCCCUCGGCGCGACCGCAGUCGUUCGGCUGGGUGUCCCUACGCCGGAGGAAUUGGGUUCGUGCCUCUCCAUUACCGUGUCUGAAAUCUCGUCCAAAAAGGUUACCAACAUCCUGACAAAAGACUCGCGCGUAUGCACAGUCGUCCUACGGGGCAGCACUCCGUCAGUCCUCGAUGAAGCGGAAAGGGCGAUCGAUGACGCUGCCAACCUGGUCAAGGCUCUGACACAAGAUCCUCGUCUCGUCGCUGGAGCAGGCGCAGCGGAAAUGGAGAUGUCCAGGAAGUUUGCGGCAUUCGGCGCUACGCUGCCAGGCGUGGAGCAAUAUGCAGUUUUGAAAUUCGGCGAGGCCUUCGAGAUGAUUCCUCGCCUUCUCGCCGAGAGCUCCGGUCAUAGCGGCACUGAGGCUUUGGCAGCUCUGCAUGCGGCGCAUGGCCAGGGCCGCGUUCACGAGGGUGUGAACACAGAUAUCAGUGUAUCCUACCCGUCAUUCAAGAGCGCGGCGGCAGCAAGCGCUCCUUCGUUGACAAUCAAUGCUGUUGAAAAGAAAAUCUACGACCAUCACAAGAUGAAGCAGUGGGCAUUACGUCUAGGCGCAGAUGCUGCACUGACAGUUCUACGCGUCGACCAAAUCAUCAUGGCCAGACCUGCUGGCGGGCCAGCGCCGCGAGCCCCUGGCGCACCGGAUCUCGACUAAACUCUUUCGUUAUAAUCGACACCAGAAUCGCUUUUGUUUCAGUUCUCUAGAUGCAUGCAGUCACGGUGAUCCUUUCUCACACGUUUCUUGACAGAAGGCGUUUUUCGUAUGCCUCAAUCCUUGAACGAAAUGCAGAGUUGAGGAGAGCGAAGCUUUGGGGAUGAGUUCGCUUGCUUCAUCUCAUGUGUUGAGACUGAGACGGACGCAACCUCUGUUUCUGUAUUCUCCAUCGUGCGUGACGGGACAGAGAGACAACCGGAUGUAGGAGAGACGAAAACCAUGACCGAG